AUGCGCCUUUUCAGUGCUCUGAUAGGGACGAUCUUACUCUUCCCGUCCGCAUGGGCCGAGUCUGACAACGGCAAAGGCCGACAACCCGAGUUCUAUAACUCGGCUCGACACGCCGCGGCAGAUCCGUACGUCUUCUACGACUCGGAGAGUGGUCAAUAUUACGCCUACUCGACCGAGGGCGCUGAUUCUGGAUACCACUUUGCAAUCUACAUAAGCCCUGACCUCUCGACAUGGAGCAAGCACCCAGGCGGCGUGUUGAAGGCGUGUUACGAUGAUCAGAUGAAACGGAUCGAUGGCGGCCAAGCGUGCUGGGCCCGCGAUUGGCAGUGGGCUCCCGAAACCUACUACAACGAGAGGACGGGAUGGUACUUCUUCUUCUUCGCCGGACGCCUGCGCGAAGACAUGGCCAAGGACCACUUCCGGUACUCCAAGUUUGAAGAGCCGUCCAAGCUCGGUGUGGCCGUCUCCCGAUCGCCGACGGGGCCAUUCAAAGAGAUUCGGUCAGAACCUAUUGGAUAUUACCCAUUCGACCCUAAUUAUCACGAUGUCAAUCUCAUCAUGAAUGAGCAGCAAAUGCUGCCGCCGCAAAGUCUCGACGAAGGCAGGACGGCGCCCAAGGGCACCUACAUCCCCACCAUCGAUCCCAACAUCUUCUUCGACAGAGAUGGCCGCAUCUAUCUCUACACUUCCCGGAAUGCGUACAGGAACUGGAACUGGGACGAGAAGCUGGGGAAGUACAUCGAAGAGUCAAACAUCAUCGUCGUUGAGAUGAGUCGAGCGUGGUGGGACGACCCUUUCGCGCGGACCAUGCCCGACAUUGCACCCUCGGAGAUUGACGUUCAUGCAAAAGACGCACCAGAAUUGCCGGCUAACAUCACUUCUUACAACGGCACCGGAGAGAUUGGGAGUCCGCCGCGGAAGGAUGGCUGGAAAACGGUCAUCUCGUACGGCGCUGACCCCCAAGAUUGGGAAAACUUCCAUGUCGACGACUACAAGAAGAAUAACGGCACGAAGAAAGACCGGCGGUGGUCUGAAGGGAGCACGCUGAUUAGGCGGACAGGUAAAGACGACAAGCCAGUUUACCUGCUCACCUACAGCGCCAACAACUAUGAGGCCUCCAACUAUGGUGUCGGCUUCGCAACGGCAGAGUCUCCUCUGGGUCCUUUCCGCAAGUCGGCUAAGAACCCCGUCUUGUCACAAGCUCCGGACGCAGAAAUCCCCAUUUACUCUACGGGGCACGGAAGUAUCGUCGCUUCACCUCCUCGCAGCGGAAGAGACAGGGUCAGCGCUCAAGGGAUCACCCACCGCACUCCCGAGGGAGCCGAGCUAUUCUACGUGCAUCACGCUCGAAAUGAUACGACGCGUGAUCGCUCCAUCUACACUACCCGUAUGACGCUUAACGAUUCCGCAAUCUAUUUCGGCUCGGACGAUGCCAUCAGCAUGAGCUUGACGCCCAUGGACCAACCACUGCCGAAGAACACAUACCCACUUCAGUUCGACAUUGGUUGUCCCAGGAGAAGAAAUGCAGGUUCACAGUUCGAAGUGCGGGUGUUAUCGAAGUCGGGUGCCCCUUUCGAUCUGACUGAAGGCUCGAACAGAGUCGUGGCCCAGCCCGAGUCUAUCGAGGCUACCUCGGUUGAAAAAGGCAAUACAAGGGAUGGCUCCUUUGUGCUCAAAUUUGAAAACGGCUCGGUGAAAGAACUGGCUUACCAACGCUUUGGCGUCAAGGGCAACUGGACAACCAUCACGAGUAAGCAGGUCAGCUGUGGGCGUGUGGAACGGCGGCUCACUUCACAGUCGUGA